AUAAUAUAAUAGAGAAUGUUCGUAAUACAUAUAUUCCAAGAAAAGUUAUUUUGUAAGUUAUAUCCACUUUUAUAAUACUUGUAUAAGCGCAUAUUUUCUUGCGUCACCUUUUACACCUGAUAGUCAGGUUUAAAACUAAAGGGUACCUUAAGACCGUCGUUGAGCUGGUGCCAAGGGCCGCUUUUAUAAAUAAAUGAACGUUCACUUAAAGUAGAGCUAUCUUUAGGCUUGAGAAACAUUUUAUAAUUUAACACUUUAGUUAAUCCUUUGAUACGACUGACAUAAAUCUUUUGAGAAAAAAUGUUUGUCUUAAAUAAUUAAUAUAUUAAUAUUUUUUAUUACAGAUGGCUGCUGAGAAAGGUUUCUGUCUGUUAUUCAUGUUGCUUACUCUGACAUGCACCUUUUCUUACUCCUGGACACCUCAGAAUGAAGGUAGAAAGCUGUUCGGCGGCUAUACGAUAGUACCGAAGGCGUGUCGGCCGUUGAUGCCAUCGCGCGUCAAGUCGAGCGAGCCAGCGAUAUGCAUGUUCAAUUACGAAUGCACGCGACGCAACGGCGAGGUCGUCGGCGCCUGUAUGGACGGCUUCCUCUUUGGUGCGUGCUGUCAACUGCCACCCAAGAGCUCAAUGAACGGCAAUGACGAGUCUCCCGGCAACCAGGAGCUCUUCCACCUGCACCAGAUCGACCAUGUGCCCGAUAUACCAAUCCUGUUGAAUCCGAACGGUACGCCGGUCGGCAUGUCGGUCCCGCCGACAGACGAGAUCAUGAACACCGACAAACCGAGUAUUUCGAAUCGUCCGAACGGCGGCGAGACGACAUAUACGAAGCUAUCCAGUUCGAAUCAAGCUUCUGCGUCACCGUUGCCGUCACCUGACGUCGCAAACAAUGCCGAGAAGACACAACUACCCCAGCAAGCGGACGUCAGCCACUUGGCUGAUAACUUCCCGGCACUCUUGGGUCAGCAAGACAUUAUUGACGAUCUGAGGCUACCGGGAUUAUUGACUCAUUCGGAGUCCAAUAACUAUAUCCACGACCAUCAGGACACGUCUGCAGUGAAUCCAGUCACCACGUUGUUGAGCCCCGAUCAGAUUCUGCAGAUAGCGGAUCCGGUAGAUCAGCUGCCGGCGUUGUUCUCCCACGGACUCGGCAACAAUCACAGCGAUCCCGAGACGAUACUGCUGAACGAGAACGGUACGAUGCUCGAGGAAACGAACAACCCAGACGAGAUUUUCCGACCUUCCACCGAAACAACGAUCAGUGAGAGAAUCACGCAGGGUGGUAGCACGUCGGAUAUCUGGAUCAAGUUCCCGGAGCAAUCUGCGUCGUCCACGAUGGAGUUAACAUCCACAUCGCAAGCUCCUAAAUCAACACCGGCCGUGAUAACGAAGAUGCCGAUGGUGACUCAGAUGUAUGCCAACACGCAAAAGCUUACGAGCGAUCUGUCUAGCACGCAACUCAUGACAAACACCUUCCAGAAAGUGAACACGAUCGAGAAGAAGACUUCCACGCAAGUAACGAAUUCGAUAAAGCCCGAGGUUACCACGCCAAUGAGCACCACCAGCGAGAAAGACGAGCUAGUAAGAGUACCGACCAUCAUGUAUGAUUUGCCAUCAGGAGGCAACAAGAAAAAGGAUGACGUUCUCGACAAGGAGGAGAUUGCCAUCAAUCACAUAAUCUCCAUCUUGAACGACACGACGCCGAAAUCAGAAGUUUCGGUGACUCUACCGGUUCCUAAUUCGUCGCCGGUUCAGGCCUGGGUGAGCAUUGACGAGACCUCGAAGCCAUCCCAUCACGUGAAGGUUGGCUCUUCGAGUUAUCGGCCGACUACGCCUGCGACCUCGACUUUCCCUUAUACUUUCUACAAGCCUAGCUCUCUUCACAGGCCCUCCUCGACGUAUUACAAUUACGAGCUCGUUCCUACCGAAACGACCUACACGUCACAGCACUCGACCUUGAGCAACUCUUACGCAUCGCGACCAUCUACGCAGACGACAUAUUCUGGCGCUUCUAGCAGCAGUAGCAGCAGCAGUUUUGGCAGCUACUCCGACAGUCGGCCUACAACGAAUCCACCAGCACCGACAGUGAUAGUUCUUGGUCCACUCGGAACAGAGUUUACGCAAAAGACAACUCAGAAACCUAUCACAAGAAAGCCCGGCGCGACUAUCAGGCCUACAUCAAGUCCAAGUAAAACCACUCCCAUCAGACCUAUCAGCACAAAAAAACCAGGCGUGUCCACCACCAUAACGCACAAUGUCAGCACCGUUAUCUCCAGUGUGGCUACUAACAACGUGGUGUCCACCAGUUACAUCAGCGUCAAUCUGAAAGACGGUACCAGUGCGAAACCGAUAAUCGGUCCAGUGAGCACCGAGGCGAUCGCACCGGGAACCGGAAGCACAAAGGAGCGACCGAGCACGAAGAAGCCCGUAGUCUGGACGACGAUCUCCUCGUGGUCCGACAAGCCGACGUUCAAUCUGAAGCCGUCGACAUCCAAUAUUAAUUGGUUGUUUAAGGACACCAUAAACGACGAUGCCGAGAACACGAAAAGCACUACCAGCACUGUACCCUGCGACGAUGAGACCGCAGCGCCAGACGAUCUCAUCAACUUCCCACCGGUGCGGAAUCCGAAUCUCAACAUCUCCGUGCCGAUCUCGCAGCAGGAGAAACCGACGAUCGUCGAGACGUUCAACAACACCGGAUAUCCGGAUAUCGAACUGAUUAGCGAGAACGACAUCCCUACGCCCACGUUCAUCGAAGACGCCGUACUGACGAACAAAGUGGACGCUUUCGUCAACAAGCUCGUCGAGUCGCUGCAGGGUAACUUCCAGAACCUAAAAGAUGUGGUCUACAGUCAAAAUAGUACCACAGCGACUUCAACAGCUCCUUCAGCAACUCCUUCUACCGUGACGAGAAGACCAAUCAGCGGGAACACCACGACGAGAAGACCAACGCGAAAACCCACGACCAGACCAUCAUCGUUAUCGACGACGACGAAGAGGCCAUCAGCGACCACGAAAAGACCCACUAGACCCACUCAAAAACCACUAUCGUCUGAGAAGCCAACGCGUCCCACCAAAGUGACUACUGCGAAACCUAAACCGAGCACCCUGCAGAAUGUCACGACAAAGAGACCUCAGAUAACAACGAAACGCCCGAAACCGACCAGAAAAACCACAAUUACACCGUCCAGCAGCACGGAGGCUUCGUUGCAAGAGCAGAGUCUAACUUUGACGAACGCGACUGAGAACAGCAGUGCAGAUACGAGUGCCGAGCCAAAUUUUCGGACUCAUUGCGGCGUGAGACCCCUGAUGUCAAGAGCGGGAAAGAUAGUCGGCGGAAAGGGCGCACAAUUUGGCGAGUGGCCAUGGCAGGUAUUGGUCCGCGAGGCGACCUGGCUCGGCCUCUUUACGAAGAACAAAUGUGGAGGUGUACUUAUCACCGAUAAGUACGUUAUAACAGCGGCCCAUUGUCAACCAGGUUUCCUGGCUUCGUUGGUCGCGGUGUUUGGCGAGUUUGACAUUUCGGGUGAGCUGGAGUCGAAGCGCAGCGUAACCAAGAACGUUCGCCGCGUCAUCGUGAACCGCGGCUACGAUCCUGCGACAUUCGAGAAUGACUUGGCGCUCCUGGAGCUGGAAUCACCAGUGCAAUUCGACGAGCACAUCGUGCCGAUCUGCAUGCCGGAGGAAGGUAUCGACUUCACCGGUCGCAUGGCGACGGUCACCGGCUGGGGCCGACUUAAAUACAAUGGUGGCGUGCCGUCGGUGCUGCAAGAGGUCCAGGUGCCCAUAAUGGAGAACGCGGUGUGCCAGGAGAUGUUCCAAACGGCCGGCCACUCGAAAUUGAUUUUGGAAAGCUUCCUCUGCGCUGGAUACGCCAACGGCCAGAAGGAUUCUUGCGAGGGCGACAGCGGUGGACCGCUGGUGAUGGAGCGACCGGACGGCAGAUGGUUCCUGGUCGGGACCGUUUCUCACGGCAUCAAAUGUGCGGCUCCGUAUCUACCGGGUGUAUACAUGAGGACGACCUACUUCAAGCCCUGGCUGCACAGCAUCACCGGAGUCUGAGAGAUUGGGCGAUCGCCAUCACGUUUUCACCGUGGUGACGUGAACGGCACCCGGUGCCAUUCUGUAUAAAUGUACAAAGGAAGCCUAAUUUAUUUCUCCGUCGGGAUAGAGCGCGUACGAAACUCAAUUAAGUAACACCCCCGCGGCAAUAACACAUUGGACACGCGAACGUCAGGAUGACUGUCCCGAUUUUUAAAUAAUCGACGAGACAGCCCGCUUCCACGCAUCCAUUACUUCGUGUUUUCCAUUAGUGCAAUGGGAGAUACAUCUUGCACAAACAGCGACUUACACUUGACGAGCUUCAAGUAGUCAGAUGGAAAAAAAGAGAGGAGCGCGCCGACUCGGUUCGCGAGUUAUUUAAAUUUCGAAAUGGAAUUCCGCGGAGCAGUCCAUGGCGUUGCGUCUCGGCGCACGACCAGCGCCCGACAAUGCAUUUAUGCGUAUCAAUGUUUAAACUCAGCUUUACGUGUAUGUGUGUGUAUGUAGUCGCGCAGGAGCCAUUUUUGCAGCGAGUUUAGAGACGAUCAGAAAUUCUGAACUGUAGUAACUUUUGAAACUGUAGCAUUGUUCAUUUAUUCGAUAUUCCUCGUACGAAGAAUCGGAGAAACGGAUGCGGAUUAUUCAUGAUUCACGUCGAUGCUCAAUAUAACAUUGACCAUACAGUUCCUUUUAUUAAAUCGAAGCCAGUUUAUUUCUAACACAAGAUGCCUUCGUCGAGAGAAAAAUCCUUUAACUUCAUUAUAACAAUUUAAUGUAAUAAGUCAAUUAAUUAUAAUUAACAAUCUUUUGUAUUUAUGAGAAUCUCGUUAUAUUAGGAAUAUGCGUGUGAAUUUUAGAAUACAUUUUAUUUAUACAUGUAAUAAAUUUCAUGUUCUUCUCCGUCCGUUUUGCGAGUAUUCGAGUUGGCAUCGCGACAUGUAUAGACAUAAGCAUUUAAAGACGAGUCUAUUAUUUAUUUCGUUGUUAGAUAUUAUUUAUUGAAUACAUUUUUAUACGAUGACA